AUGGUGACUAGCACCCUGAGACCUGGUUUUCUUCUCAUCUCAGCGAACAUCCUAGCAGAUAUUCUUCUGAUUCACCGGUGUUACCUAGUCUGGGGCUCGUCCAAACCCCUCCUCAUAAUUCUCGGGUUCCUUGCAGCCGCUACAAACACACUUGGCCUUAUCACUGUCAUUAUGUUACUAAGUUCCUCGGGCUCUCGCAAAAUUUAUGAAAUGGCAGCAGAUAUAAAGCUCGGAUACAACGGAGCUGCUGCUGGUGUGAAUCUGCUCAUCACCCUUCUCACAGCUGCACGGAUAUGGUGGACUACUCGUGAAGCAAGAACUCUCAUGGGCGGUCAUAUCACAAGGUUUUAUCGAAGGAUCGUUACCAUCAUCCUGGAAUCAGGAAUCACUUAUCCACUAUUCCUUGCUGCAAAUGUCGCUUUAUUCUCAAACCAAGAAACAAUAGUCCUUGUAGUUGAUUUACAACCAACAGCAGUUUUGAUUGCUGGUAUCGCUCCAGCAUUGAGCAUUGUUCAAGCACAUUAUGGUAAAAAAUCUGCUGGAGACUGGGAGAGCAUGGCUGCGGGGGCUCGUAUAUCAGAUAUUCAGUUCCCGGACUUGUCUCGAGUUUCUCAGGCUGAAGGGGACCAUGUUUAUGGUCAAGUUGAAGUCAGCGAGAGGAAUAGGAAUACUGAGUCAUCAUCGUCGUCUGUGGUGUGA